GAAGAAGCUACGAGCUACUGUAAACAAAGCUAAUCCUCCAGUCUGUGGAACAGCUGAAAAACUGCUGAAUGCGGUGAGAAGAUAUGAUCCUGAAUCCCUGUGCCUGACCCUGAGAGUCUCUGCAGUCCUCUCCACAGUCCGCCGUUCAGUCAUGAGCCGGCCUGCAGUCUGACGGGAAGAUAAUGGCUGCAGAGCUGUACCCCACUAAGAAGCUGGUCCCCCCCGCCUCAGCAAGCAGCACCACCUCCAUCCAGCAGUAUCAGCAGCAGAACCUGACCAACAACAACACCACCACCGCACAGAGCUGCUGCAACUGGCAGGGCCUGUACCCCACCAUCCGAGAGAGAAAUUCAGUCAUGUUCAACAAUGAGAUGAUGGCAGAUGUUCACUUUGUGGUCGGGCCGCCGGGUGGGACGCAGCGAGUCCCGGGACACAAGUACGUCCUGGCUGUCGGCAGCUCCGUGUUCCACGCCAUGUUCUACGGAGAACUGGCUGAGGAUCAGGACGAGAUCCGGAUCCCUGACGUGGAGCCUCCUUCGUUCCUGGCCAUGUUGAAGUAUAUCUACUGCGAUGAGAUUGACCUGUGCGCUGACACGGUGCUCGCCACCCUCUACGCUGCCAAAAAGUACAUCGUGCCUCACCUGGCCCGGGCCUGCGUCAACUUCCUGGAGACCAGCCUGAGUGCCAAGAACGCCUGCGUACUGCUGUCCCAGAGCUGCCUGUUCGAGGAGCCCGACCUGACGCAGCGCUGCUGGGAGGUGAUCGACGCGCAGGCCGAACUCGCUCUGCGCUCUGAAGGCUUCUGCGAUAUCGACACUCAGACGCUGGAGAGCAUCCUGAGGCGGGAGACGCUCAACGCCAAAGAGAUGGUGGUUUUUGAGGCGGCGCUGAACUGGGCAGAGGCCGAGUGCCAACGACAAGACCUGCCGCCAACCAUCGAGAAUAAGCGACUGGUGCUGGGAAAGGCCAUCUACCUGAUCCGCAUCCCCACCAUGGCACUGGAAGACUUCGCCAACGGAGCGGCGCAGUCCGGUGUGCUCACACUCAACGAGACCAAUGACAUCUUCCUGUGGUACACAGCCGCCAAGAAGCCUGAACUCUUGUUCUGCACCAAACCUCGCAAAGGCCUGUCGCCGCAGCGCUGCCACCGCUUCCAGUCCUGCGCCUACAGGAGCAACCAGUGGCGGUACAGAGGCCGUUGCGACAGCAUCCAGUUUGCCGUGGACAAACGCGUUUUCAUCGCAGGCUUCGGUUUGUACGGCUCCAGUUGCGGUUCGGCCGAGUACAGCGCCAAGAUUGAGCUGAAGCGUCAGGGCGUGCCGAUGGCCCAGAGGAUCAUCAAGUACUUCUCAGACGGCUCCAGCAGCACCUUCCCCGUCUGGUUCGAGUACCCGGUGCAGAUCGAACCGGACACCUUCUACACCGCCAGUGUGGUGCUGGACGGCAACGAGCUGAGCUACUUUGGCCAGGAGGGCAUGACAGAGGUGCAGUGUGGGAAAGUGACCUUCCAGUUCCAGUGCUCCUCAGACAGCACCAACGGCACCGGAGUGCAGGGAGGCCAGAUCCCCGAACUCAUCUUUUAUGCCUGAGCCCGGCAGGAGCGAGGACGCCACGGAGACUCCUGCUUCACUGCCAUGAUGAGUUUCACUUUGAACUGUGGAGACGAGUCCUCAGGAAGCUGCUGACGGAGGGAGGGACUCUGGGAUUUACAGCUGAGCCUUCGAGACGUGAUGGCGGUUUGAUUGGAACAUGAAGCGUUAUUAAAGAGCACACAGUCUGAGCCCUCGCCUUCCUUCACCGCCUCUGUUGUUGUUGUUGUUGUUGUUUUUCCACAGCAGCUGGUUAUUGAGUUUCCACUCUGUCUGAGUUAAAGUUGAAGACGCAGUUAUAAGUCUGCGAAGACAUAUCCUGUAGAGAGGGGGCUUAUGGGUAACUGUAGGCGUCGACACACACACCUCCUCGACCUCAGCACAGCUUUGUGCAGCUCUGUGUGUUAAUCCAAAUUUAAAGGAUCACGCUGACAGUAAUUUGCAUUUGUUACUGUCAGCAAACCUCAGAUUUUCAUUUUUAAAAAGCUUCAGUAAUUUUCCUCAAGCAGCUGCUCGCUCUGCUUUUUACCGAACGGAAGGAAAUGGUGCUUUUGUUGGGGACUAGUUUCAGUGGCGGAUUAAUCCACAUUUGGUGCUGUAGUGUGUUUGGGGCAGCAGGGUGGUGUGUGUGUGUGACUGAAUAAAGUGCAGGGUGUGUGUCGAUGAGCUCUGUGGCUCAGAGGAAUCAGAGACGUCAGGACCUGUUAGUAGGAACCUGAAUGCUAACAUCUCUGAACGCCAGCUGCUGAUUGGUUAUUGAUAUGUCGGUUUGAUUUAAAGAACUCAAGGUGGCGUCUUCAGAUAUAUUUAUGAUCUAUUAUGUAUUGAGUAAACAGUUUAUGAAACAUCAGUAGACGGUGGAUUACCUGUAAUUCAGGCACCUGUUGCGUCUGAGCUUCAGUCCAAACCCAAAGAUCAAAGUGAAAUAUCCAAACCAGAAAAGCAGCAGAUCCUCAGAGUGUGUGAUCUGGAACCAGGAUCAGGACCCAAGACGUCCAGGACCCAAGACGUCCAGGACCCAAGACAUCCAGGACCCAGGGCGUCCAGGACUGACGUGACCACGUUUCUCAUCCAGCUCAACGUUCCUGCUGAGCAACUGAAGGAUUUUAAAAACACGGUGCACUAAAACUGUCUGGGUUUAUGUGUUUCACCUGUGCAGGUGUUCACUGGGAGUGGUUUGGUAUUUAAAGCUGAAUACUGAGCUUUAUAUUUGUAAUCUUUUACACUGCUUCAGAUGAACUCUGACCUUCCUCUGGUGCUCUGCUCUGUUUCUGCUUUCUGAGCUGCCCCUCGGAUCAUGUUCAUCCUGCAGUGCAGCACUGACACACUUUUUGUGUUGUAUUUAAACAAACACUAAUCCUCAGAUGCCGAUCUGUUCUGAACGUAUGCUUUUAUUUUGAAAAAGGAGGACUGUUUGUAGCAGCUCUUUCAUUUGCUCUUUUAUUGUUUAGUGUCGCAGUUGUGUCAUUAUAUUUCUGUGACUGUGUCCUGAAGCACUACUUCAUCUAAUCUUUAAAAAUGGAGGAUGAACUGUUUUAUAUCUGAUUCUUUAUGGAGAAAACAUAUUUUUGGAUCUGUGUUUCCUGUUGUCUGAUUCCAAACAGAAUGUGCAGUGAGUCCGUGGCCUUAUGAAUGUGCUGUAACAACUU